AUGGUGCCCGCGUCGUCCUUUGUCCUCAAGGAAAAGAUCGCCGACGUCUUCUUGGACCGCGCCCAUGAGCUUGAGAUCGUCGUCUACCAUCCGGCGCGUGAGUCCCUCAUCCUCGUCGCGACCGCGUCGCUGUACGAGGUCGACCUGCGCACGGGCUGCGUCCUCGGCGCCAUUCCGUUCGACAGCUGCCUUCUCAACGAGAAGCCCAACGUCUUCGACGACGUCGUGCCCGCUGGCCAGCACCAUGUCAUUGCCACGCUCUCUCGGUACACACCUCUGUGCCGGACGCUGCUAACGGCUACGCGCAGCUACCUCGUGGUCUGGGACCUCCGCGAGAUGACGCUGUGCUGCAUCACCGAGGUGCUCAAGUCGUCGUUGAAAAGCCCGAUCGUUGUGACGGCCGCGACGACGGUGCCCGCCACCGUCUUCUUUGGCCACGAAGGCAGCCAAAGCAUCAAGGUGACGACCGUCGAGGGACUUUGCAGUGGCGAAGCCUGCCAAAAGAUCCCGCGGAAAGUCGUGUCGCGUAACAGCGUUCUCUGCGCGCUGGCCUACGACGCGCGCCACAACCUUCUCGCGUCAGGUGGCACCGACGGUAUCGUGCACGUAUGGCGCGCCGGCAACUCGGUCCACGGCGCAACGGACGACGAGUGCUCCAAGGACGAGCACACCAAGGGGAACGGCGACGACAUUAGCCCACACGCUCUGCUUGCAACGUUCUCGGCCAAAUCGUCGCCUGUGCAGGCGCUGGCGUUUAAUGGCCAAGGGCUCUUGGCGGCGGCUUAUCUCGCCGGCCACCUCGAUAUCUUUGACGUGCUGCGGCGCGAGCCCGGCGCAGUCGCCUCCCCAACCACGGCCGUGCCGACCGGCCUGUCGCUCUACGGCCGCCACAGCAUUCAUUUCAGCGCGAGCUUGAACACGCUGGUCCUUCUGCUGCUUGGCGCGUCGCAGGACCUUUUGCUCCAUCGCAUGCACUUUGGCGACAGCAUCGACUCGUCGUUUGGCGGGGCGUACGAUAUCAACGCGCACGUUGCCGCCGUCGUGCCGUGCGACAGCCUCCUGGCGCUCUACACGUCGUCGCCGACGGCGCGGUCGCUGGCGCUGCUCGAAGGCGCCGACGACGACAUUGCACUUUCCAACAUCGUCUUGCCGCCGACGCGCACGUGGUCGAUGCAGCCGCAGUUUUCGUUUCUUCAGUACUGCAGUCCCGACGACGUGCCCCGACGCCUUCUCCACAUCACGACGGGCGACGAUCUCAAGUUUGGCUUGAGCGCACUGGACCUCCAAACGAACGAGAAGACGGAGAUUUGCCCGCUGCUCGCAACCUUUGAGGGGCUUCCACUGCAGCCGCUGCGGCUUGCCAUGUCCCGCGACGGCAGCACGGCCGCCGUGUUUCUCUCGUCGUCGCAAGCCACCGUCAUGACGCUCAUCGAUGUCAACGCGCCGACGGCUGCACCGACGUACGAGGUUCGCGACGUGUGCUUUACACCGACACACUUGGUGUCGCUCAUGCCGUCCGGGCGAAGCGUCCGCGUCCACGGCAACUGGAAGGCCAAGGAGCCCGAUGGCUUGCUGCUCAACCUUCCGACGACCGCUGCGCGCGUCUUUCCCACGCGAUGGGCCCUGCCCAACUCGGAGGCCUGCAAAGUGCUCUUUGUUGUCCAAGAUGCACUCGGUCGCGAGUGCUUGCGUCUGAGUGAGCACACGGUGGCGUUCACGCUCGACUCGUCUAGCGUUUGGAGUGCGGAGCAGCACGAACCCAUUCUCGAAGUCCAGAACGAGCCCGAGAAAGCGUCGCACUUGAUUGCCGUGCGGACGUCCAAGCGUCUCGUCGUCCUCGAUAAGUCGCUGCAAGUGGUUGCGACCUUUGCACCGCGCCGCACGCAACUGCAAGAGACGCCCACGAGCAUGCUCUGGGUCGGCGAUGCGCUCGCGUUCGCAACGAUCGGCGCCACCUUGCGCUACUGGCAUCCCGCAUCGCCCAGUGCGACGCACGCGCUGUGCAGCGUGCCUGUGACGCCUCCUGGAUCACAACUGCGUCUCACGGCCUUCUUACCGGACCGCGUACUGUACAUGGUUCUCCAGGACGAUGCGAAAGCGGCCACCAUGUACACGCGCCCGUUUGCCCCGCUCGAGGUGCUCGUGUGCACCCACUGUGACAAGGAGAACGUGCAGCGGUACAUUGCGCGCCUCCUCGAGUACGGUCCGCCCUUAGUCCAAGUGAGCUGGAAGACGCUGUCGCAUUUAAACAACCCGGCGCUGAGCUUGCGUCUCCUGAACGACGGCAAGAAGGCGAAAGCGGGCGCCAUGUACCGCGAGACGUCCCACAUUGCCGCCAAUACGCUUGCAGCCAUCUUCUUGGCCGCCCACCGCUGGCGCGACGCGGCGACCUUUCUCGUCUCGGACGAUCCCGCACUCUACGAAUAUGCGCUCAACCCGCAGGGGGCCGAGGCGCAGCUGCCGCCGAAGCUCUCGCACGUUGCGGCAGCGCUGACGCGCAUGGCAGCGACACUGCAGUCGAUGGGGCAGUUGCAGCUCGCAGCCCAGUGCCUCGACGUGGCCGGCAACGACGCGGCGCUGCUGAGCCUCGUACGUUCCACCUCGUUGGAUGAAAAUACCAAAAAGUAUGUGAGUUAUGUCGUCGAGACGAUUCUGCACGGUCUCAAGACGGCGCACCCGACAGUGGUCGCCGCCGUCACCGCGUCGGAUGCCAAGAAGAUACCCAAGCACGUCAAGAUGGACGUGUUUCGCCUUCUGUGCACUGAGCGCUUGGUGCUGGAGCGCCGGAGUCGGCUCGUCGCGUCGCUGAGUGGUCUGCGCCACGUGCGGCUGCCACCCAGCAAGACGCCGUUGCUGGCGGCGCCCGACGGAUGGAAAUAUUUCACGUGGAAGCGCCUCGAGCCCGAGGACGUAGUCGACUGGGUCGGGUCGUCCACACCGCACUUUUCGACCCAAGAGUUUGUAAAGAAGUCGCUGCAGAUCGACGUAAGCGAUAGCUUUGGCGAGAUGCGGUCGACGCCAAUGGCAAGCGCGCCGUCGUUCGGCCCGUUCUUGGACGACGAGGACAGCGUGAUGGCGUACUGGCGCUUUGAGGACGCGGCGACACUCAGCCCAAGUCGCACGACGGACGCCACGCUGCUCGACACGUCAAAGCGCGAAAACCACUUGAUUGUAGCACCUGCGAUUGUCUUGGACGUCUCGACCGCGCCCGUCGACAAGGGCGAAGAGAGCAAGCUGCUCCCGGCGUACAUGCUGCACUUUCCAGCCAUUGCGCCUCUCGAUGGCAGCGACUGGCACGCGUCCUGCGCGACGCGCAAGGGUGGAAGCAUGGACUUUGGCACCAGCUUUGACGAAGACCCGUACCGGCGCCACCUCACGUUCGAGUGCUGGGUGCGCUAUCACGCCGAGGGUCCGUUGGCGGGCAGUAGCAGCAACUUGGCUGUGCUCGCGGCGCGAAGCCCUCUCUGGGCGAUAAGUGCGGAGAGCAGCGGGCGCCUCUGCGUGCAGGUCCACGAUCGCAGCCUUCCGACGGACGGUUCGCUGCAGCUCAACGGCAGCUGGCAGCACGUGGCACUGGUGCUCGAUAUCGUCAGCGAUGACAAGGCGUCCGUGCGCGUGCUGCUCGAUGGCGCCAGCGUCUUGGCCAAGGAGAUUGCAGUCAAAAUGACGGAGAGUAGCAGCGCAGCGCUGCAGGUCGGACCGCGCCUCUUGGGCUUUGACAUGACCGAGAUCCGGCUGUGGGCGACGUCGCGCUCGGUGGAGCAGAUCAACGACAUGAAAGAGAAUUACCUCGGCAUCGCCGAGACGAAGAAGCGCAUCAAGGUCGCGAUCCACCAGCGUGACUGCCAGUGCGAGAAGUGUAUUGGCCGCCGCCAGAACACGCCAUUGGCCAAGCUCGCGAUGGUCCAGCCUCUCGCAGCGAGCCCCGUCAGCCGGGCGCGGCGCGUCAUCAAGACGCCGCAGUCGCCGGUCGCGUCGCCCAAGCGCGAAGAGACGCGACUCAACUAG